AUGGCUGCCUCCGCGAGCUCUUCUCAACCCCCUGCCAGAGAGAGGCCACUACUCGAGGAAUCAAGCGCGCAGCUGAAAGAAAGCGAUAAACACAGAAAGGUCCACGUAUUUGACGGCUGUUUGCACUGUUACUUGAAUGCCUUCGUCCCGAGUGAGACAACAUGUCCACCACCGAAGUUAGAUCGCAGUCCGGCCUCUGAACGUAUCCAAUCUGAUGAUAAUUCCCCGCAUGUAAUCAAAUGUCUUCAAAAACUUGCUAAAGCCCUUCCGAAGCCGAGACGGCUAGCUUUCCUCCUAACUGAAGGCCGCUGCCUCAGACCUCCACUCCCCUCACGAGGUCUGGAAAGAUUUCAGACCAGUCCGACCAUCGUAGCUUCCCUCCCAGGGAAGCACAAGUCAUUCACGUCGCUGCCUGAAUGGAGCAAUGUCUCAUGCGUCUUUGACAUCAUGCCAGAGGCCAAGGAUGACCCCGUCAACAAGAAGGGCCUGGACCACGAAGAGGCACUCGUUCGUCUCUCGCGGCAUGCUCAGAACCUGCUGAUCGCGCACCAUCUGCUGUUCGCGUUCGUCGUGGGGAUCUUUGGCUCGAGCGUACGGAUCUUCCGCUUCGAUCAUACCGCCGUAGCCGUGUCGAGAGCCUUCGACUAUACCAGGAACCCCGAAAUUCUGUGGGAGUUUCUCUGGCGACUCUGUCAUCCUGCGGUCAAGGGCGCCCAGAUUUCCGGCGCAGAUCCCACGAUAAAGAUGCCGAAGAAAAAGGACAUACGCUGGGCUCGGAAGAUGCUCCUGGAGCAUAGCAAUCGGUCCCUGGCGCCUGAGGAUGAGCGUGUAUGUCGGUGGAUUGUUGUGCAUGAUGACGACGGACGCAUCCUGCACAAAUUCUUCGCAUUCCGGAUUAUUUAUCUCAGGCGAUCUCUGUUCUCCAGUGCCUCGACUGUAUGGGAGGUCCUGAAACAUAAAGACCACAGCGGGAAAAUAUAUGUUAUGAAGGAUUCAUGGAGGUUCACGGCGCUCAACUCGGAGUUGGGCCACUACAGGACCCUGGCUGGUGGCUCAGAGGACCAUACGUUCGGUAACAGCAACAGCGAUCAGGGCAUAGGAGCGGGAAACUCUUCAUUUUUCGGCGUUGCACAGCUUGUAUGUGGUAUCGACCUUGGGAGGCUAACGUCACCUCAUGUUCGCGGGCUCCGCAUCCUCCCCGUCUGUACACACAUCACUCCUCCGAAGACUACAUCCGCACCAUCACGGACUGGAGAUGUCACUCGGGACGGCGAGUCGAGUGUUCGUUCACAUUCGUCUAGUCAUCCACUUCCUUCUCCGAUGGGACACUAUGCUGGGCAUAGGACCAUGUCCGUCACCAUUAUUUUCAAGUCUGAAGACCUCGCGAUACUGGCGGAGCGCACCCAUAUGCGGUUCGUAUUUGCGACUGUCGGAAGGCCACUAUCGCAAUUUAGGUCAACGCGCGAACUAGUUGCGGCACUUCGUGACGCUAUCAAGGGACAUAAGCACGCAUACGAGGCGGGUAUCUUACAUCGAGGCAUCAACGAAGGCAACGUAAUGAUCGCAGAGGCAGGCGCAUACGAAGGGUUCAUUAGCGACUUCAAUAACAGCUUCGACUGGAUUAGUUUUCUCAAAUAUAGAAAUCGAGAGGCCACCGUCGCGAACUGGGAGAAGUAUGCUCGCGCGAUGUACGCGAUUGAGAAUGGCCAAUACGCUAGGAGCGAUGUACUCAUUGAAGAUUUAGAAUAUGAUGUCUAUGGCCCGCCAUUACGACCGCGGGAACACACGCAUCAGAGACAUAUGCCAUUCGCGGCUAUCGAGAUAGUAGAAAAUAUCUCGAUACACGAAGCUCGCCACGACUUGGAAUCAUUCUACUGGCUAUUGCUUUGGCUUGUACUGCGCCACACAGAGCACAAAGAAACCGGGGGCAGGAAGGACGGUGCCUGGAUGUUCGAGCCAGGACGCAGCCCCGUUCCCUCGGACCCCGAUAUGAGGAAGGGGUGGAUCCUCCGCAAUGCAAACGUUGUUGUACCCGGAAACCAGCCGCUCACCACAUUGCUGCGGGAGCUGCAGGGUCUGUGCAUACGGAAUUUCCUAUCCGCCAUGCAUACGGUUAUACCGCUCACGCACGAGGUUGUCCUGGCCAAGUUCGACGAGGCUCUCGCGCGUACGGAUUGGCCGGAGAACGACGCUGCGUUGCCACAGCAUGUCACGACAUACAAGGUCGCAGAACCUGGUUGGCCUAGACCCCAGAGCGAGCAGCCAUCUACUCGCACGCAUCGCACAGCGCAGAGCUUUCCAACAUUCAAUGGCGGUGGACGAGGCCGGCAUGGCCGCAGAUGGAGCACAGAUGGCGUUUCGACCUAUCGGGAUGGCCAACGAAUGGCGGGGGAAUCCGAGGCUAUUCUUGCGAGCCGGGAUCCCUCUCCGGCUGUAAACCGACCUCCCCCUGCGGGCGACGAGCGUACUCGGCCGGCCCCUGCAGAGGCCGAAGAAUCAGCAAGCGCAGGUAGGCCGAGCAGUAAACGGGAACGCAGUGACGAAGAGGAACUUGAAGAUGCUCAGCCUACGAAACGCCUCAGGAUGGGAAGCCCGACAGAUUCUGGAAGGCCAGACGAGCUUGUUGAACCUGCGAGCAGGGAUACUUCAGAACCUAAUAUCGACGAUCUCAUAACACUGAAUAAGCGUGGCAUUAAACGGUCUCGCAGUAGUGAGGACAACACGAUUGCGAUCUCAAAACGAACCAGGGUUAGAUAUACUCCAGAGGUCGAGGUCGGACGGCCAACCGCGCUCGGCGAUGUGGCCUGCGCCGAUGCUCCUCCGGGAUCCGGACAUGAAUCUUCCGUCGACUCACGUCCCUAG